UCUUAGGAGACAACAUUCCAAAUUUGAAUCGGCAGGUGAGACUUCAAAGAAAACUGGAAACCAUUAUCGGUCUGGAAAAGUCUGAUCGGUGCGUCUCCUAAGGUCUUCUCAGUUCAAGGAUAUGGUAGCAGGACUAAGGCUACGUUCACACUGCAGACCUGGCAGUCCAGCUGGCUGCCUGCGUUUCUGCCUUUAUGUGUGCGUAAGGUCCAGGUUAUGAGCAGCAGUAAAACUCCUCGCUACAACCAGUACUCUGCAGGAGCAGCAGCUGGCGCAUCAUCCAUCUCGAGCAGCCCCUCGUCUCCCCCUGCUGACUCGGGUGUCGGGAGUAUGAUGGAGGCGUCCUUUGGCCCCACCUUUUCAUCCUCUGGAGCUAAAGUUUCAGCGGAGAGCUCCAACACCUACAAGCAGCACAGAAGAACUCCCUCCACAUCAAGCACUCUGACAUACUCCCCUCGUGAUGAGGACGAUGGAAUGCCUCCCAUCGGCACUCCCAGGAGGUCUGAUUCAGCCAUUUCAAUUCGGUCUCUCCAUUCCGAGUCCAACAUGUCUCUGCGCUCCACUUUCUCUCUGCAUGAAGAGGAGGAAGACUUGGAGCCGCAGGUGUUUGCUGAGCCGCCGUCUGUAAAACUGUGCUGCCAGCUGUGCUGCAAUGUCUUCAAGGAUCCGGUCAUCACCACAUGUGGGCACACAUUCUGCAGACGCUGUGCCUUGACUUCAGAUAAGUGCCCCGUAGACACAGCAAAGCUAACUGUUGUUGUGAACAACAUUGCGGUGGCCGAGCAGAUUGGCGAGCUGUUCAUUCACUGUAAAUACGGCUGCAGAGCAGCAACCAACGGCCCAGGUGGAGCUGCAGCUUCUACAGCCUCAGUGGCUGGGAAACCCGGGGCCUACGAGGUGGACCCCCUGGGCUGCCCGUUCACUAUCAAACUGUCCAGUCGCAAAGAACAUGAAGCAAGUUGUGACUACAGGCCGGUGCGGUGUCCCAACAACCCCUCCUGCCCCCCGCUGCUCACCAUGAAUCUGGAGGCCCACCUCAAGGAAUGUGAGCACAUCAAAUGUCCACACUCCAAAUAUGGCUGCAUAUUCAUAGGAAACCAGGACACGUAUGAAACCCACCUGGAGGUGUGCAAAUUUGAGGGUCUAAAGGAGUUUCUCCAGCAGACAGAUGACAGGUUCCAUGAAAUGCAGCUGGCUCUGUCUCAGAAGGAUCAAGAUAUUGCCUUCCUGCGCUCCAUGUUGGGCAAACUCUCUGAGAAGUUGGAUCAGCUGGAAAAAAACCUGGAGCUUAAAUUUGAUAUGUUGGACGAGAAUCAGAGUAAACUCAGCGAGGACCUGAUGGAGUUUCGUAGAGAUGCCUCCAUGCUAAACGAUGAGUUGUCUCACAUCAACGCCAGGCUCAACAUGGGAAUCCUUGGCUCCUAUGACCCACAGCAGAUCUUCAAAUGUAAAGGGACAUUCGUCGGCCACCAGGGUCCAGUCUGGUGUCUCUGUGUGUACUCUACUGGAGACCUGCUUUUCUCUGGCUCAUCUGAUAAGACAAUUAAGGUGUGGGACACCUGCACUACUUAUAAGUGUCAGAAAACCCUGGAAGGUCAUGAUGGCAUUGUCCUGGCUCUGUGCAUUCAGGGAAACAAGCUGUACAGUGGAUCUGCUGAUUGCACCAUCAUCGUGUGGGACAUCCAGACCUUGCAGAAAGUGAAUACUAUCCGUGCCCAUGACAACCCUGUGUGCACGCUGGUCUCCUCCCACAACAUGUUGUUCAGCGGCUCCCUCAAGGCCAUUAAGGUGUGGGACAUUGUUGGGACGGAGCUGAAGCUGAAGAAGGAGCUGACAGGACUAAAUCACUGGGUGAGAGCCUUGGUGGCCUCCCAGAACCACCUGUACAGUGGCUCAUAUCAGACCAUCAAGAUUUGGGACAUCCGCUCCCUGGAGUGUGUUCAUGUCCUCCAGACCAGCGGGGGCAGUGUCUACUCCAUCGCCGUCACCAACCACCACAUCGUAUGUGGCACCUAUGAAAACCUCAUCCAUGUGUGGGACAUUGAGUCGAAAGAGCAGGUCCGAACCUUGACAGGCCAUGUUGGAACAGUCUACGCCCUGGCUGUCAUAUCCACCCCAGACCAGACUAAAGUGUUCAGCGCCUCCUACGAUCGCUCCCUCAGGGUGUGGAGCAUGGACAACAUGAUCUGUACCCAAACCCUGCUCAGACACCAGGGCAGUGUAACGGCACUGGCUGUCUCCAGGGGGCGCCUCUUCUCUGGAGCUGUGGACAGCACCGUCAAGGUGUGGACUUGCUGAAGGAACUGUUGGCUCUGUAAACAUCCAGCAGACUUUAUACUCCAGUAACUUCUCUGAAUAUGACUGACUUCAUUCACCGUGGCCUCAACACCAGUUCUCCAUUUCCAUGUCUGGGUUGGACCAGACGAGCCUCCUUCUAGUUGCAUUUAACCUGACAGAAUGGAGCAGAACGCAGACACCUGCUCGCUGCUUAUAGACACUCCUCUUGUUUAAGGACUGUACUAAUGAUGACUGAUGCCUCUUGUUCAAAUACUGCUUUCACUCCAAAUAUUUAACUUCUUUAUGUGGCGUUUAAAGAUGUUCCUGUUGUGGUUUUUACUCUAAACUUUAGGCUUGAUCAAUGAAGAAUCAGACCUAAACUGGUGAGCACUGGUUUCAUCUUCAAUGUAUUGGUUUUUUUUUUUAAGCCUGUAUAAGCGGCCUUUAUAAAACACACCUAAGAAGUGAAGGAUCCAUAAAGUUUCUAUUAGUGCCAUGAUGAGGUUACAUCAGAGCCACUCAACGCUUGUACAGUUAUAUAAAAUGUUGCAUUGACCAGCAAGAAGACGGUCCUUGUGCAUGCAUGUGAUGUCCCUGUUGAAGCGGAAAUAAUGAGUGCCAUAUAUUUGAGUUACACUACUUUCUCAUACCCAACAUUAAUAAACAGCAACCUCCAGAAUAACACGACCUAAGCGGUUAAUUGUAAAUGACUUUUGAAAAACCCGCAAAAAGGCAGAGAUAGAAGACAUUUGAGGACCCAUAUUGGGUUAAAAAUACUGAAAAUUAUAAUAUACAGACUGUUGAUAUGAUUUACAUAUUCCAUGUUUUAGCUAAUGAGUUUUUAAAGUGUUUUUAUUUCAGCUCAUAUUGACUAGCUUUUAUACAGAAGAAAGAAAGAAUGAGACAAAGUGUCUUCACUGAUCUGGGUUCAAGGGUUUCUUGCAUACCUGUAAUCAUUUAAGGUGGAGUUGAUCACUGGUCAAUAAAAAAAUUGUACUCUGA